AUGUCCGAGGUUUUCUCCUACACGCACCCGACGGGGUAUUUAUUCUCACUUAACGAGCGUGUCGCGCUGUCGACCUCACUGCCGUUGUUGACCACCCAAACCAAGCGCCGCCGCGUGCGGAUCUGGGGAAAAGUCUUUGGGCUGAAGGCGAACUACAUCCUCGCCCAGGCCUUUGAUGACGACCUCAUCGCCGAGCCCGAGCUCUUCUACAGCAUUGAUGAGGGCUUGACCUUCACCUUGAUCGGGACGACCUCGUCGCUGUUGAGUGGGGUCUCCCACAUCGGCUCCACCCCGAUGGAGCAGGAGGAGUUUAAAUACCACCUACUGCGCGAGAUCCGCGGGACGUUUAUGGGGGAUCCCGCGUAUGAAUACCGCGUGACCUCACCCCAUGAAGUGGGGGGGUCCUCCUCCUCGGAUCGCGGGUCGAAGGGGGUCUCGCGAAGCUAUAAAGAAUCGCUGCGGGUCGCGCUCUUUGUGGAGGAGCAUGACUACAACUGCCGCGUCGCCCCACGCGGGGCGUUCUUCCAGAGUGAACGCCAGGAGGGACUCCACCCGGAGAUUAAACUGAACUCCGCCUUUGAAGGGCUCCCUCGGACGUUAGAAGGGGCCUUGGCGUUGAAAAACUACUACCACAUCCGCGCCUCGAACCCUUACCGGCGGCUCCUCAACAUGCAGCUCGGCAAGGCGCCAUUAGAGGAGAUAUUUGAAAAUGCAAGCAUUGAUGCAGUUUUUUCUAACAUUGCCGAAGACAUUCCGGCGGAUCUAUGGCGAUUGCAGUACGAUCCGCUUUACAAUCUUGUUGUGGGGCGAAAUGCCCAAUUUCCCGGCUCUAUAUUUUUCCACGUUCCGGAGACCGCAAAGUACGGCAACAUCUACAUCGGCGACGGAACGAUCAACCACAACGUCGCCUUUAUGAUCUAA